AGCAAAUCCCAGCCGCUCCCCCCAGUCAUGUCGUCGUCGCAGACCAUGACAGCGCCAGCGGUGGGCCAUCACCCUUCUGAUGCUGGUCCGAAUAUGUCGUCUAUGUACGACUAUUCCUGCUCACAACAACCACCAGGCAACGACCGUCACCCGCCCCCUUCCCCGCCCAGCGACUCCGCAAUCCGCGCUCUGCACGAUUCUGCCCCCGACCACUCCUCCCCCCCCAAUGGCCUGGCCUCCCUUUCCGACAUGAUGGCUGUCAAGUCCGAGUCUGACGAUCAGACUUCCCCUUCAUUUCCCACCGGUCAGGACUCCCAAGCUGACCUCCGCCGUCAGUCCGCCGCCAGCGCCCUUUUGGCUCAACUCCUCGGGAGCCAACAAGCCUCCAUCCCAGACCUUCCCAACAUAGAACCAUCCGCUGACACCUGCGGGACAACAGAUCAAUAUCCCAUGGAACAAACACAUCCAUCCGCCGAUGAAAUAAAGGGGCAUUGGCAAGACCAGCCCGCGGAGGCCGCGGCAGCACGUCCUCCGCUGGCGGACUCGACCAAUGCAGGCCAGGACCAGAUGUCGGAAUCUUUGCGCCAGACGGAAGACAUUUCUUUGCAGCAAUCGGGUCUACCCUUUUCAACCGCUGAAGAAAACAGCAAUGCACUGAUCAAACCCGAUCCUAUGGGCGUCGAUGGCCUAGCAGAUGCCUUGGAAUUCUCGAAGUCGGGCCUAGAUCAUUCCGACCUUUUUAACAAUUUCGAUCUCUCGACAGCCGCGAAGACCCCUCUUGAAGCAUUGCAGCACAAUGAGAUGCUGACGGCUGCGUAUCUCUCUCAGAGCGCAGAUCUGUCCGCGCUCGGAUACACUGAGGGGUCGCUGCAUCAUGAUGGGAACGGGUCAGUGGCUGGAUCCGAGCCCCGAAUUCAGGCCUUUGCGAAGCUGGAAUUUGAUGACGGCCAUUUUUACUGCAAUACAUAUUCUUUCAUCCUAGGACGAGAUGUACGAGCGGCCCGGGCGGCCCAUCAGCGCGAAUUACAGGUCCGACAAGUGAUGAGGACAUCCCGAGCCAAGAGUUCGAGUGGCGGCAAUGCGUCGCAUACGCCCGUUCGGGUGAAGCACGAAGGCAGUGGGAUCAUCGGUAGUGUUGUCAGCGACCGCGGUGGGAUUAUGGGCUUUGAUCCUGAUGUUCCUUCGCAUCUUCCGGCGCGAGUCAGUCGUCGCUCGUCCAACUCAUCCCACGGAGACCCGGCGGCUCCGUUACAUGCCACUCCCGCCCAGCUUCAAGCCAGUACCGACUACAACGCACUUGCUAUGCAAUCAUUGCGAGAAAGUGGAGGAGAUGCGAAACCAGUUGACGCCUUGGCCCUCCUUCCUUCCCCCGACUCGUGCCCGACGAUUCCUAUUCAUCCUCCAGCCACCGUUGACGGCAGUGCUGCCGGCCAUCGAGGGAUAUCCCGAAAGCACGUGAAGAUCGCUUACAACUUUGACCGAAAUCUAUUCGAAAUGGAAGUAAUGGGCAGGAACGGUGCCUUUAUUGGUGCAGACUGGCUCUCUCCCGGUCAGAUCAGACCUCUCCACAGCGGUGAUUAUAUCCAGAUCGGAGGCGUUCGUAUCCGAUUUCUACUGCCAGAUGUACCGAUCGGUGAGACUGGAGCCGACCGAGUGGAAGAACCAUACAUUCCAGACGAUGACGACGCCGCGCAAGUAUCCGGUAUUGCUGAUAAUGAGAUGGAGGACAGCGAGAAGAACAAGGAUGGCUUGAAAACAACAAAGAUCAUCUUGAAGACAAAAGAAACAGACCCCUCUCGAACAGGCCAAUCCUUAGAAAGCCAAGGGGAUGGUCAGCAACCAGCCCGUCGCCGUGGGCCUGGACGACCCCCAAAAGAUGGGAUCAUGUCAAAACGAGAACGAGCCGAGUUGGCACGGGAGCAAAAGAUGGCCGCAAGACGCGAGGCCAAUGGCGGUGUUACACCCCCUCCUCCCAACAAGUCCAAGACAGGGAAAACGACGACGACGACGACGACGACAACAACGACAACGACAACGACAACGGCGACGGCGACGGCGAUGGCGAUGGCGACGGCGGCAGCGGCAGCGACCACUCCUGGAGGUACUGUUGUGCCCAAGGAAUCUGUGGAAGGUGAGUCACCUGGGUCAAGGCCAGAAAAGCGAAAGUACACCAAGCGAAAGAAGCCCGAUGGCACCCCGAUGGAUAUUCCUCUGCCUUCAACAGAAGGUGGGCAGUUCCCCCCAGACCACCGCCCAGAAGAAUACGUCAAGCCUCCGCCAGUCAAGAAGCGCAAACCCUCUCGUUCCCCUUCUCCCAACUAUCCUCCCGAGUCUGCAUAUACACCUGAGGAUCUGGCCAAGCCACCAUACAAUUAUGCUGUUCUCAUCUUCGACGCCCUUACCGAAGCUGCCAUCCCAAUGACGCUAAAGCAGAUUUACCGCGCCUUGAAAUUCAAGUAUCCUUAUUUCCGCUUCAAGUGCGAGACUGAAGGUUGGACGUCCAGUGUACGGCACAAUCUCAACGGCAACAGUCAUCUCUUCAUGCAUGCAGAACGAGAUGGAAAGGGAUGGUCCUGGCAGCUUCGGCCUGGGGCUUCCGUUGAGAAGGAGAAAAAGAGACGUCCAUCACCUCCUCCUCCGCCAUCACAACCUCCACCAACAGCUCCAUCAUCCGUCACGCCUCAGUACAUGCCCCCACCACCGAUGAAUUCGUACGCCAACCAGGCGAAUGGACAACCCGGGAUGGCCAACCCACAUUUCCAGUUCUCCUCAAUGCCCUCGAAUCCCUAUCCUGCAUCAACCUCUACACCUGUUCCCCCCCCGGCCCCCGCCCCCGUUCCUCAACACUCCAGCUCCUACCCUCCUCCGCCUCCCCAACCCACUGCCACCCCACCCUUCCCCAUCCCCAGUCCCAUCAGAAACAACCUUCCUCCUGCGUUUGCGCAAACCACCCCUACCACAUACACUUCGCCAUAUGCCUCCGAUCCCCCACCACAACUUCUCCAAUAUCAACAGUCCCAGCAAGCACACAUGCAACCUCCGCCCCUGCCGCAGCAUCAGUGUCCUUACCCACCGCCAAAUUCGCAGCCGAUGCCUCCUCCUGUCAAUCAGCAACACCAGAGCUUCCCACAAAACUCUGGAUCCGCUCCCGCUAUUCCUCCUCCUCCGCCUCCGCCUCCUCCACAGCAUCAUCAACCGCAUUUGAACAUGGGUGGGGAGCCUGGGCCCAUGGCCAUAGACAACUCCGACGCGGCGUCGUUCAAUGACCGUGCAAACAAGGCAAUUGACGACUUUGAAGCUGUCCUGCUGGAAGACUACGAGGACAAGAACUACAUCAAGGAGGUUCUCAAGAGCGCCCGAGCACGGGUCCUUGGCAAGGCGACAGAGAGUUCAUUCCCUGGUGGCGAACCCAAGGACGAGGCGGUCAUUCUAGACGUCCUCCGCAACCUGAUUGGGAGCCUGAAAGAAGAAUGAGCCGUGUUGCAAUGAUUCCCUGCUUGACUCUCUCUGUGGAUUUUAUCCGGUAGAAAAUCCAGAGACUGGGGCUGACGAUUGUUACGACCAUGAUUUCCGAAUUUUUUUAUGUUUAUGAACAUCAAUCACAUCUACAUCUACACUUGGGAGAGAGAUCUUUGGCUGGUGUUGACGGGAGUGAUCAGUGCACUAUCUUUGGUAAUCAAUUGAUUACAUUUCUUCUUCUACUACUACUACUACCACUUUUCUGAUUUUAUUCUUAUGAUAUCCACUAUGUUCUACUGAAUGCUUUCUUUCAUGCUUUUCUAUACUACAGCACCACCAGCACCACCAUCAUGUACAAGGCCGGGGACGGGAUAUAUGGGACGAGUCCUCGGUCAAUUUCUGUCUCGACCAGGGGAACCGGAAAAGCUAGGAGUUAUUGCAUAGACAAAA